CAAAUCGAUUCCGUCGCAGCACAAGGGUUCGUCGCAGCACAAGGGUCGCAGCACAGUUUCCGGCGCAGCACAAGGGUCAAGCAGGGUGCAGUAGUGCCGCAACUUGUGGAAACUUAGACAGGCAUCGGUCAUCAUGAGGGUCUGCUGGCUUCUAUUCUUCUCCCUGACUGCCGUGAUGUGGUACCUGUGGCCACGGCUUCCUCUGCUUCCGGGCGUCGCCCACGGCCUCGGUUCUCUGUUCGUGAUGGCCUGUGCGAGUUACUUUCUCGCAGAAUUCAUCUGGAGAGUCGCUCGCGUCAGCCUGGUGAGCGGACACGGGAAGGCUGUGCUCAUCACAGGGUGUGACACAGGCUUCGGACACCUCCUGGCUAAAUACCUGGCCAGGGAUGGUUUUCUAGUCUUCGCCGGCUGCCUCGACGCUAAAGGCGAAGGCGCCCUGUCGCUCAAGAAGCAGUCGAACGUCAAGGUGCUACAGAUGGACGUCACGAAAGACGUCGAAAUCGACGGGGCGCACCGCGUGAUCAAAGAGGAGCUCGGAACUCGCA